AUGCAGCGGGUGCCGGCCUCCCUUUGCGGAGCGCUCCGGCGCGGCGCGCACCGGCCCUGCUGCUCCCUGCUCCUCCGGCCAUGGCGCUGCCCAGCAGUUGACGUUGGGCUUCUCCCCUUUCAUCUCCUCUCUCUCUCUCCCACCCCUUUCCUCCCCGGGUCCCGGCUCAGGCACGUAGGCGGCCGUUACCGGCGACCCCGAAUCCCCGGUCCCGUCCUCCCUUCCUACCCCUUCCUCCCCCGGAACAGGCUGUAGGAGUCGGGCCGGGCGGCUGUCGGCCGCGCCAUGAACAUCAUCAUCGGCAUCGGCGGGGUCACCAACGGGGGCAAGACCACCCUCACCCGCAGGCUGAUGCAGGCCCUGCCCAACUGCAGCGUGGUGCACCAGGACGACUUCUUCAAGCCUCAAGAUGAAAUAGAAGUUGAAGAUGGCUUUAAGCAGUAUGAUGUGAUCAGUGCGUUAGAUAUGGAGGCGAUGAUGAGUACCAUAAAUGCUUGGAUAAAGAACCCAGUCAAGUUUGAACGCUCCCAUGGGAUCAACAACACGCUGGAUGCCCAGAUCUCACCAGACAGGGAGGGAGGAGAUGAAGCGAUCCACAUCCUUAUUAUCGAGGGCUUCCUGCUUUACACCUACAGGCCCCUGAUUGAUGUAUUCCACCAUCGGUACUUUCUUUCCAUUCCAUAUGAGGAGUGUAAAAGGAGAAGAAGUUCAAGAAAUUACACUGUACCUGAUCCACCUGGAUUGUUUGAUGGCCACGUUUGGCCUAUGUAUGUAAAGCACAGGAAGAUAAUGGAAGAUCUUGGUGUUGACGUGGUGCACUUGAAUGGAACAAAAUCCAAGGAAGAACUGUUUAAUGAGGUAUAUGGACAGAUCCAAAAUAAGAUUGAAGAAUUACUUAACAUGCAGAAAUAAGCUUCUACUGAUUCUUGUGACUGAAGAUGACUCCUGUUUGCUCUGUGCUGUCUACCUGACUGCCACUGAAGUUCCAGCUUCUGUGAAGACUCAACUCCUGAAUUUGGCUUCAUUGAGUUUUCUCCUGAAACUGAGUUACAUAUGGUCAUUAAAAAGCAUUUCCCCCUCA